UCGCCCUCGUUCAUACACCUAACCUAACCCGCCUGUUCACGCGAAGCCUCGAACCACGAACCCGGAGGCUGAAUCCGAUAUCCGAUCUAGCGCACGCUCCCGCCUGUGGCCGGCCACAGCACAGCGAUCGCCAUGAACUGGAUACUCGAGGCUGGAGAUGCCGACCACGAGAAGUGCAAUGGCGAUGACUACGUUGGCCCGGGAAACAAGGAUACCUGGUACCAGUUCAUCAUCUCGCUCUCUCUAGGCAUCUCGGCCUUUCUGGCUUUCUGUGCCCUCCGACCACGAUGGAAGUCACUCUACGCUUCACGAAAGAGGGCGUCCAUGGCCGAUCCCUCGAUCGCUCUCCCUCAACUGCCAGACACCUUCUUCGGAUGGAUGCCCGCCCUAUAUCGCGUCACCGAGCAGCAGGUCCUCGCCUCGGCCGGCCUUGACGCCUAUGUCUUCCUCAACUUCUUCAAGAUGGCCAUGAAGCUGUUCGUCAUCGUCUUCUUCUUCGCCCUGGCCGUUCUUGAACCCAUCAACCGGGCUUUCCCCGAUGAACUCAACACGUCAGAGGUCCCGACCACCGAACUGUUUCGCCAGUAUACCUCCCCAUACGGCCACACCACCCUUUAUGAUGACGACCCCGAGCAGCCUGAUGACAGUUUCAAAAAGAGCAAGGCCUACCUGUGGUCCUACCUUGUAUUCACUUACUUCUUCACCGGCCUUACGCUAUUCUUUAUGAAUCGCGAGACCUUCAAGGUUCUCCGUGUGCGCCAGGAUUACCUCGGAACACAAUCCACCAUCACUGACCGGACCUUCCGCUUGGCUGGGAUUCCAAAGGAUCUGCGCACAGAGGAAGAUAUUAAGAAUCUGGUAGAGAGAUUGGAAAUUGGCAAGGUCGAAAAUGUCACUCUCUGCCGGAAGUGGAAAGAGCUAGACGAUUUGAUGGACAAGCGGCAGUCUAUCCUCGCCAAGCUAGAGGAGACAUGGACUGCUUACUUGGCCCAGAAACCGGUGCAAGUAGCUAGGGGUCCCCCUCCAAACACGGCUACCAAUGGGGAUCUUGAGAACAGUCGCCUCAUUCCAGACCUUGGGGAUGAGGAAGCAGGCGAGAGCGGCCGUCUUCUCGGCAACGGCACUUCCGAUCUUAUCUCGAGCGAAAGACCGCGACCUCAAACUAGGUUUUGGUACGGCUUUCUCCGCUUGCAGAGCCGCAAGACCGACGCUAUUGACUACUACACCGAGAAGCUCCGUGUCUUGGAUGACAAGAUUCGCGCCGCUAGGAAAAAGGACUAUGAGCCGACCGACCUUGCUUUCGUGACAAUGGACUCUAUUGCAGCCUGUCAAAUGGCGAUUCAGGCGCUCAUUGACCCUCAUCCUGGCCAGUUGCUAACAAAACCCGCCCCUGCACCGUCCGAUAUCGAUUGGAGGAACACCUACGCAUCGCGUUUAACCAGACGUGUGCGAUCCGUUGCAGUGACGCUCUUCGUCUCGUUCCUCUCCGUCGUAUGGCUUGUCCCAGUUGCCUUCUUGGCAUCCUUCUUGAGCAUUUGCACCAUCGAGCAUUACCUCCCUGGCUUCGCAAAGUGGCUCAAGCAAUACGACCUUGCCAGAGUGCUUGUCCAGACCGGUCUCCCCACGGCCGUCGUGUCUUUGCUCAACGUUGCGGUUCCGUACUUCUACGACUACCUCUCGUACCAACAGGGCAUGCUCUCGCGCGGCGACGCCGCCCUCUCCGUCAUCAGCAAGAACUUCUUCUUCACCUUCUUCAACAUUUUCCUCAUCUUCACAGUCUUCGGCGCCGUCACCUCUAUCAUCGAUGUUCUGCGCGAAAGCCUGAAAGACACCACGUACAUCGCCUACGCCCUGGCUGGCAAGAUCGAAAACCUCGGUGUCUUCUACACCAACUUCAUCAUGCUCCAAGGCAUCGGCCUGUUUCCCUUCCGCCUGCUCCAGUUCGGCAGCGUCUCGCUCUACCCCAUCAACCGUAUGGGCGCCAAGACCCCGCGCGACUUCGCCCAGAUCGAUAGCCCGCCCAUGUUCUACUACGGCUUCUACCUCCCCACGGCCUUGCUCGUCUUCAUCCUUUGCCUCGUCUACAGCACCCUGCCGCAGGGCUACAAGGUCGUCGGCCUCGGCGUCGCCUACUUCACCCUCGGCUACUACACCUACAAGUACCAGCUCCUGUACGCCAUGGAGCAGCCGCUGCACGCCACCGGCGCCGCCUGGAACAUGAUCUGCUACCGCAUCAUGCUCGGCCUGCUAGUCUUCCAGCUGACCAUGUCGGGCUACCUCGCGCUUCGCAAGGCGUUCACCGUCGCUCUGCUCAUCUCCCCGUUGCUGAUCAUCACGGUCUGGUACGGGUACUGGUUCCGUCGCCACUUUGAGCCGCUGACCAAGUUCAUUGCACUGCGGAGUAUCAAGCGCGGCGAGGACCGGGGCGGGAACGCGAUUCUGGAUGAGGAUCUCGAUGGCGAAGGGGAGGAGACGAGGGAACGCAUUAGGAGGGGGAGUACCGUGGAUGAAGAUAAGGAGAAGGGGGCGAAGUUUGUUAAUCCGAAUCUUGUUAAGCCUCUCGAACAACCCUGGGUCUUCAAAGACGCCCCACCACUUCCCUCCCCCUCCUCCGGCCUUUCUGGCUUAGAAGACCGCUACACAGACGAAGAGUCCAACCCCGGGGGCGGUGGUGACUUCUACUCCGGCUCUCGUCGUCCCUCUCGCAACGCUAACGGACUCCGCGUCGAGACCUCACGCGGUAGUUCGCAGAAUCGCGACACUGGUGGUUAUGCAGACCUAUUAGGCGCGGAUAUGUACACCGGCCUUGGUAGGGGAGGAGAAAGAACGCCCCGGACUCCGGCUGAAACGCCGAAGAGUAACGCAUCUUCGAGUGCUGCUAGUCUUGGUGAUACCCAUAUUUGGAGAGACGGGUUCUGAAGAGAACUUGAUAGAGUGGAUGAUAUGAUGAAAAAGGGGGGUGUCGUAUUUCAUACGUUGUUUGUUGUUGUCGCCUGUCUGUAGCUGGCUGUCACUGCACUGUUUUCAUUUUUGGUUCUGGGUCGUUGGGACGGCGUAGUUGUCUUUCUUUUUUUUUUCGUUUUAGACAUGAGAUAUGAGAAACGUACAUCAUUAUCACGAACUUGUCCAUACGGGUGUGGUGUUUGUUGUAUAUACAU